GCGCAGUGUGCAUAUCCUAAUUGAUUUGAAGAUAUAAAAUUUUUAAUGUUUGGUAUUUUUGGGGCAGUUAGAUGACCAUGGCCGCAUUCGCCCUAACCCCAGAAGAUGUACUCGUCACAUAUAAAUCAAAGAUUGAAGAAGCUAUACAAUUGCUGUUACACAUUCCUCCCCAUUACAAGGCUGAGGCAUGGCAGUUCUGGCAGAUUGUGACUCAAACAGUUAGACUGUUCACCCAGGCAUCUCUUGAUGAAUCCACACCUUUUAUACCUCCAUCCAAUAUACUCUCAGAUCCAUUAUCUGCUGCCACCAUUCAGCUAUUAUCAAACCAGUUAACAAUUCAGGCAGCCAAAGCAACUCCAAGUCCAAAAACUCUCUCAGCUAAGAGCCCCAAAACAUUGAAGGGAAAAAAAUCCAGUGAGGUCAAAAAGAAACCAAAGGAAAGCAAAAAAGUAAAGAAAAAGUCUCCAAUCCAAAAGAAAACUGUGAAAAAAGCUGUGAAAAAAAAGGAUAAUAAAAACUCCAAUAAAAAAAGUCCGGCUGAAACUGCAGUCACUGAUAAUGAGGCAGAGGUAGCAGUUCAGACCUUAACAGACACAUACGUGAGUGUAUUCACUCCUAUCUCUACACUGGAUUUCUCAGAUCUAGUAAUCUCAAAUCCAAACAGUGUUCAGAGCGUUCACUUACAUUAUGAGGAGAACAGUGAGGUGUGCGUCAAGCCAGUCAUUCUUCUUCCACAGGACGAGCAGAACAUCGCAGCUGGCAGUAUGCGGACUGUGAGCUCCCAGGCAGAUGAUGGGGGUGAAGACGAUGAUGACAACAAUGGUGUCGAAGUUUCGGAUGUUGUCUCACAAGAAGUUCUCAUCGAUCAUACAGAAAAAGCUUCAGACAAGGACAAGAAACAAAAGGAGAAUAAAAAACCUAAAAGAUUAAGGUACAAAAGAAACAUGCGGGUGAAAAAAAUACAGACAGAUCCCGAUUUUGAUCCAAUUGCAAAAUCAAAAAAAGCAGAAUUAAAAGAAAGUAAAGAAAAGAAACGAAGGGAGGAGAAAGAAAAGAGACUUAAAAGAAAAUCAAUAAAGAAACAGGGCUUUUUGUAUGAGGGACAUAGUUACUCUAAGGUGCCAGAUGAGGUAUUGGAAACAUUAGACGAGAAUUUCGAACUUGACACUGAGGAUGAUCCCCCAAGAGAGGAGUUGCCUCCCCCUGCUAAGAAAAAGCGAGGGAGACCAUCCAAAAAGGUACCAGGGAAAGACCCUGCUGAAAAUUCAGAUGAGUUGAACAUGUUCAGUUCAGAAAAGCAGAGGAUUCGACGAAAGAGGAGAACUAAGGAGGAAUUGCAGCAGGCGUCACUGGAGUGUACAGAAUGUGGUGUCAAAAUGUCCAGUUUUGGAGCUCUGGAUGUCCAUAUGAGGUCUCACACAGGGGAACGACCCUUUAAGUGUUCCAUCUGUCCCAAAAGUUUUACCACUAAAGGAAACCUACAGCGCCACGAGACAUAUCACCAGGGACUCCGUCCAUUCGUCUGUGGCGUGUGCGAAUAUUCAUUCACCGAGAAAAAGAGCCUCAAAGUCCACAUGAGAAUUCACACUGGAGAAAGACCAUUUGUCUGCAAGACCUGUGGUAAGGCAUUUACACAGAGCGGACCACUUGUUGUUCAUGAGAAAAUCCACGAGAAUGUAUACCCCCACCUGUGUGACGUGUGUGGCAAGAGCUUUAGACAGAAGAGUAACCUCAAACUCCACAAAGAGAGACACAACGACAUCAAGAAAUUCAAGUGUGGAGAAAAGGACUGUACCAUGGCAUUCUGCUCUAAAACUGAAUUACAGCGACAUUUGCGAGCACACACCAAGUUCAAAGACUACAUGUGUAACAUCUGUAACAAAACUUACAGUCGCUUCCAGUAUCUCAAGGAACACAUGUGUCUUCACAAUGGAGAGAGACCCUUUACCUGUCCAUUUUGUCCAGAAAAAUUCCGGGAUCAUGGGACCUUCCACAAACACAAGGUCAGGAAGCAUGCUGACCAGGUGGAAAUCCGCAGUCGAGUAUUAGAGAGAGUUCCCAUAGAAAGCCUGGAAAAAGUCAUCAGUGAAGGAUUGGGGAAAUCACCUAAUCAAAAAGGGGCAACUCCCACUAAGAAAAACAGUAAGAAAGGGGACGCACCCACUGAGGUUGCCAAUGAAAGUGUAUCCACACCUUUAAGGGAGGAAGACAAGGAGGAAGAGGAGGAGGAAGAGUACAUGGAAGUCUCCUUCACAGAUGAUGACACCCAGGCGUCCACAUCGUCGCAGAAAGCUGGAGAAACAGGGGAGGAGGGGACUGUAGUUCAUGUCAUUCUUAAUGAGUGGCAUGUGCCUGACCUGAAUUAGGUCCCUAUAUCAAUAACUGUGCACGUGCGUAGCAUCGUUUUUUAAAAGGGGGGGGGGGCAGAUUUAUGUUCACAAAUUAUGAAAUUCCUAAUCCAUAUUGGAAGAGGGGGGGGGGGGGGGUUAUACUUCCUAUACAUGCAACUUUGAAUUCAUUGUUACUCUCCUGAUUUCUCCAUCAAUUUUAUACAUUCUCCCAAACAAGUAGUGGGAGGGGGCAGCUCCAUGAUUUAAUUUUUUAUAUGUAAAAUAUAAAUAUUUGCUGCAAGAAAAAGUGCCCCCCCCCCAUGCUACGUGUCUGACUGAUUAUUUCGACUGAAUGGGCAAUAAAUUAGUUACUUAUGAGCUGGUUAACAAAUGUAACUGAUUUUAUUUAGACUGCAUGGGCAACUAAAUUUUUUAUUGUUGAGAAGGACACAAUUAUUAAUGGUUCCUACUGUCAGUCAUUGUGAUACUUCAGCCUAAUGAUAACCGCAUAUAUAUAUAUACAGUACUUAGCACUGCAUAGAAUAAUAUUUCUCAAUGUGACUAUACUUGUACCUGUAUCAAUAUGCAAGUAGUUUUUCAUUUACAGCAUUGUUCAUUAAUGUUAUUGUUGUUACAUCUUUGUAUUAUUCAAAUAUGACAGCUGCUGUACAUUAUAUACGUGUACUCUUUCAAUAAACUCUGCAUGAUGCAUUCA